AUGUCCAUUCAACAGCAACAAAAAAGUAUCAAUUAUCAACAGAAUAACAAGAUAGAUUCAACUCAACAAGUGGAUUCCCAAAACAAUAGCAAUGCCAACACUCCUCUGGUUUUAGAUCCUCUAUUAUCAAACAACUCCACUGUUUCUACUCAGAAAAACAAAAGAAACAGUCAUGUAGAUCCAAAUAUUUAUAAUAAUAAAGAUCUACGUUCCCCAUUAGUAAUUACAGUACCAACUAAUUCACAUCCAACAGAAAUACUAUCCAGAAGAUUUGCCAUGUGGAGAAAUAUAAUCAAAUCUUUACUGAUAUAUUUAAAUGAAACCUGUUCUAUUCAAGAUGAAAUCGUUAGACAACAAAUGAGAUUAUCACAUGCCAUUAAUUUCCCCUUCAAUAACAAUAUUAGCACCAUAAAUGGUGGAAAUAAUACCAAUAGCGAUAAUAUAAGUAUCAAUAACAAUGCUACUAAUAACAUUAGUACUAGCAACAUCAAUAGUUCCACUGGUAACACCGUCACCACGGCUAGUAAUAACGUCAAUCGUAGAAGUUUUCAAAGUCUUAACACAACAAACGUGGAUGAUUCUGGGAAUUUACAACCUCCAGAUGACAAUAAUUUAUUUGCUCCGGUUGGAAGUGGUUCCAUCCAAGAUUUACCAUUCAUUCUAUCGCAAUACCAUAAUUCCAUGGUUCAUUCUGCAUCUUUUGCUUCUAAAGAACUAAAUAGCGUUAUAAUUCCAAGAUUAGAAGAUUUGAGAAGAGAUUUGCUAAUUAAAAUUAAAGAAAUUAAAGGACUUGAAUCCGAUUUCAAAAAUACAUGUAUGAAAGAACUACAACAAACGAAAGCCGAGUUGAGCAAUUUUGAAUCAUCUUUAGAACAAAUUAGGUAUAGUGGUGUAACUCCUAGUAAAGAUCCAUAUUUAUGUAAGAUAAUACUGGAUAGACAAAUUAAAAAGCAGUUACACGAGGAAAAUUUCUUGCAUGAAGCAUUUAUUAACUUGCAAACUAGUGGGAAAGAGUUAGAACGUGUUGUUAUUCUAGAAAUUCAAAGCGCUUUAACUCAAUAUGCCAAACUAAUGAACCAGGAAGCACAGUUGACUUUUGACUUAUUAAUAUCUAAAUUUAAUACGGGAUUUGUCAACAAAAGUCCCUCGUUUGAAUGGGAUUACUACAUGGAUAAUAUUAAUAACAGUAAUGGGACUAAUGUCACAUUUAUUCCGUUAGAUUUACCGAUGAGACAUUUUAGUAAAAUUAUAUAUAAGCAUCAAUAUGAUCCAUUAACCUACGAAAUUCAAUCAGGCGUUCUAGAACGAAGAUCCAAAUUCCUAAAAUCGUAUUCCAAAGGGUUUUAUGUGCUAACCCCGAGUUUUUUGCAUGAAUUCAAGACUGCUGAUCGUAGAAGAGAUUUAGUGCCUGUAAUGUCGCUAUCUUUGAAUGAAUGUACAAUUGCUGAACAUUCUAAACGGGGUUCCAAUGAUUUUAAGUUUGUUUUACAUGCAAAACAAAAUGGUAUUAUACAUCGAGGCCAUAAUUGGGUUUUUAGAGCUGAUAGUUAUGAUUCAAUGUUUGAAUGGUUCGAAAACUUGAAAAAUUUGACUAGUUCAAGCGAUCCUAAGGUUAGAAGUAACUUUGUGAUUGCAAAAUUAAAUUUAGAUCCAGUAACUGGCAGACCAUUGCUUGGAUCUUUAAACGUUAAUAAUAAUAAUAAUAAUAAUAAUAAUAAUAGUAGUAAUGCUGCCAGAUUUUCAUUAACGUCUUCCUCUCCUAGAUCAUCGACAUCCAUUAUUAAUAGAGGGAUUCAUAACCCGCACGCAAUCAUAUCGCCUCGGCAAAGUACAGAAUCCAAACAUUCUGUACAUUCUAACCCAUCAACUUUGAAUUCUAAAGUUACAAACGGUAAUUCCGCUGUUAAUGCCAAUAUUAAUAGGCACUUAAGUAAUGGAUAUCAGCAUAGGAACGUUUCCCCUGUAAUACCAAAUUCAAGAGUUUUUAGUACAGGCACUACAAAUAUUCCUGUUAAUAAUAAGUCCAUUGAUGGUAAUACCAUUAAUGAUAACAACACUAGUAGUCUAAAUCAAAAACAGCAAUAUUAUUCGCCAAGUUUAGAUCAAUACUCCAAUACCAAUACUGAUACUGAUACUCUUCCAGAAACAUUUCAAGAUGAGGUAAAUAUCAAUAACGCUAAUAAUAAUAGUAAUACUAAUAAUACUAAUAAUCAGCAUCAUCAUCAUCCCUAUGCCAACAAUAGUGCUAUUGAUAAGAGUGUUAUUUAUAAUAAUGACCCUAACGAUAAAAUAUAA